AUGUCUAUCUCUUUUGAAAUGUUAUUACAUCCUGAACUUUUAACUAAUGAGCAACUUAUAUAUGUAAUACAAGAGAGACAUUUGCGUAUCCCAAAUAUAGAAAGAAUGGAGAGAGAUGAGAUAUUACAAAUAUUCCACCAUUAUUGCGUACCUUAUGGGCAACGGAAAUAUAGAGACUCUGGCAGAGGCAGAUUGCUGAAUAGAGCGCGCCCUACUAGCCCGGAGUCGCCAUCAAAACUACACACAAUGGUUUCACAAUGCAAUAAGAACACAAAUCCUCAUUGUAAUCGCUUAAAACCACCUCCAGAUUUGUUAUCAGGUCACAUGAAACGGAUUAAAUUAGAAAAUACUACUACACCCACAAAUACUCGAAGAAAUAUAAAUGAAAUUAAGAGGAAAAUGUCAAUUGAUUCUAUGCCACCAGCUACUGACAGUCCACCACCUAAAAAGGAAAGAAAACCAAUAACAUGGCCUUGA